AAUGUAAUGUAUUUUCUAUGAGAGAGAGAGAGAGAGAGAGAGAUAGUGUAAAGAGAUAGCCAUUUGGAGACCAUAUUAUUCACAUUGAAAGGACAGUCGUGUUAUAUAUACUAAUUGCUAACUGUGCUGUUGUUUGUUGCCAUUCAGUGCAUACAUACAUUGACUUUUCAAGUGCCGCCACCGCCAACUGAUCCCAACCAAUGGCUCCCCCGACUUACGGCGAUUUGGGCAAACAGGCCCGCGAUUUGUUCAGCAAAAACUAUCACUUCGGACUGAUUAAGUUGGACGUAAAGACUAAGACACCGGCCGGAGUCGAGUUUACCGUCAAUGGGACGUCCAAUAACGAUACGGGUCGGGUGAAUGCAUCGUUGGAAACGAAAUACUACUUCAGGGAUUGGGGUUUUACACUGAAAGAAAAGUGGAAUACCGAUAAUACAUUGGCCACGGAGUUGUCGCUCGAAGAUCAUCUGCUGAAGGGAUCAAAGUUGGCAUUGGCUGCCAAUUUUGCGCCGCAAAGCGGCAAAAAGGCCGGUACUAUCAAGUCGUCCUUGAAAGCCGACCAUUUCAAUGCCAAUGCCGACAUUGAUUUUGAUUAUGGCGGUGCACUUUUUCAUGGAUCAGCUGUCUUAGGUCACCAGGGAUGGUUGGCCGGCGCUCAGCUAUCGUUUGAUCCGCAAAACAGCAAACUGACCAAAACAAACUUUUCGGUCGGCUAUCAGGCCGGCGAUUUUGUUCUCCAUACCAAUGUUAACGAUGGCCAAGAGUUUACCGGUUCAGUCUACCAGAAAGUGAACAGUCAAUUGGAAAGCGGCAUCAACUUGGCCUGGACUUCGGGCAAUAAUACAACACGUUUCGGUUUGGGCUGCAUUUAUAAAUUAGACUCAGACUCUACUAUUAAAGCAAAAGUAAACAACGCGAGUCAAAUAGGACUGGCCUUUACUCACCGGCUCCGACCGGGUAUUGCACUAACAUUGGGCGCUAUGAUCGACGGCAAAAACUUCAAUCAAGGCGGCCAUAAGCUGGGAAUGGGCUUUGAUCUGGAGGCCUAAAAAUCAACAAACAACAGCUGAUGCACUCAUUUAGAUUAUAUAUAUAUAUAUAUUUGAUUAUAUAAUUACUAUAAUAGUUACCUGUCUUACCUCUACUACUACUAUCUAUCUAUAUUAGCUAAUAUUUCAAUUCAUUCAAUGAUUUUUAAAAGUUUAGACAUUAUAAAAAAAUAUAUAUAUAAACAUACAGUACAGCAACGAUUGAUAAUUAGUUUUUUU